AUGGUUCUCGAGCCAUCUGGCUACCGUUUGGAUUACGACGAUAAUACGUCCCUCGUUCAGGACCCAUUGGCGUUCUACGACAUGAGUCACAAGACCGAUAUCGAGUGGACGGCAGAGGAGGAUGCCGAAUUCCGCAAACUAUACGCCCAAUUCCCCAAGCGAUUCGGCGAGAUUGCGGAGCGGAUUCCAGGUCGGACCGCCAGCGAGUGCGUGCACCAUUAUUACCUAAGCAAGAAGGAAAAGGCAUUCAAG